AUGGCCGAGCAUGUUGUACCCAUGCCACGCUGGUCCGGCCUCGUUGGCAUAGCGAGGCUUGUUAUCGCCCUGCUGGUAUUGAUCUUCGUUGCCACAGCUGCAGGCCUUGGAAGUCAUGCCAGCUAUGCUGCCUUUGGCCUGACUCUAUUCACCGCCAGCGCGACCCUCAUCAUUUUUGGGUAUUACUCCAUCAGUCUGUGCCGCAAGCCUCAGAUCUACAACGCAUGGGCAGUUCUCGGACUUGAGAUUCUCGGCGUCAUCUUCUGGCUGGUCUCGUUUUCACUGUGUGCGGAAUGGACCGCGGCUUUCAACCACGACUGGUACUUUGGCAACGACAAGACGUUCGGAGGUUGGAAGGCACCCUUCAACCCAGAUGACCUCAAGUUUGACGUCUACAAGCGCGAUGUGGUCGAACGCUCAACCGCUCACUGGAAAGCGAGCAUCGGACUCAUGGGUACUGCUGCGGGUCUGGGCGCCUUGGAAUUCUGCUUAUUCGUCGUUACCUUGGUCUUCUUCUCGAUCAGUCUGCACAAGCAUAGAGUUGCUGGGAAGCCUCUCGUGUAUGGAGGCUUUGGAGUUCCUCAAGCCGCAACGAUUGCAGCUCCUCCAGCACCAGCUGCGGCAACGACGCCGGAGAGUAGCACGGAGAAGGAGGAGCAAUCUGGGGAGACUGCUGAAGACACGCGUAAGGAACCAGAGCAGACUGGCAAGACAGAUGCAAGUGCCAUUGUCUGA